UCUGUCGAUAAAAUAAAUGUGCGUGGGCAUAUAAACGACGAUGAUGGAAGCAGUGGUAUUUACGCUAGCGAGGCUGCUAGCAAGAGCUCGUAUAGUGUAUAUGAUGAGGGUGAAAUGCGUAGCGAUGAGGAAAGUGAGUCUGAAAGGGAUAAUUCUUCCGAGGAGGGUGAAAUUCAAUCAGAGGUUGAUGAGCCAAUUGGAGAAGAGCCAAUUUCACCUAAAGUUGAAACUGCCUGGGAGCGAGGUCUUCGCCUUGCUCGCGAGCGUUUGAAAAAAGCGAAAGAGCUUAGAGCUAAAGAGAAGAAUCUUGAAGAGAAACGCUUAACUUUGGGGAUUCCAGUUGAUCCACAGGAGCCUGUCGACGUCGCACCAAAGCCUGUGUACGACCUAUUCUGGGCGGAUUAUUACCAAUUAGGCCUCAUCGGUCUCACUGAAAUCACGUGCCAAAGAAUACUCCCGUUUGAUAUCGCCCCUCCAAAGGCAUAUGAAGUAGCUCUUUGGCUUAAAUCAACUAAGCGCAAGAGUCAUAGAGUCAGCUCGGCAUCUCGAGUCCGUGGUCGGAAUGCAAAACGUUCUUCAAGAGCAAAUUCUGCCGCUUCGAGUGCUUCAAAAUCAUAUUCUUCACCUGGGUCGUCAUGUUCCGAUUCACUCACUCGCUCCUCUAGCCUUGAU